CAGAGUGAGACUAGAGACCAGCAAACGCCUGGCAACUACUUUCUAUCGUGGCUGCUUUUCGUUGUUUACCGUCUCCAACAGUCUACGAUUGCUUUCUUUGGCUCGUGCACAUUUGCUAACGUUUCAUCUGACCAUAGAAGCCAGUCCCAUUUGAAGUCCCAGUCGUGUCUGAUAACUGAAUAUGCUGGAGUUUGUUUUAGGAUGAGCGAGGAUAAUUUUUCUUGAAACCCUCCCAAACAACAUGUGGUGAUGAAAUCCUGCUGGAGAACCCAUUUCAGUCCAAAAAACUCAAGCUCCUCACCGUCUCUGUCUUCCCAGUAUCCUUUGAGUGUCCUACCAUCAGCAUGUCCUCAGACGCAUCAUCUCCUGUGAAGUCCACCACCCCUCCUCUGUCCCCGCUGUCUCCUGUCUCUCCAGUUUCCCCCAGCUCUCUGCGUCUGCCCGCCUGCCGCCAAAGAGACCGAUCACCCUCCCCUAUGAGGGGCUAUCUGAUUCCCAGCCCCCUGCCCACCCGCCGCAACCGCACGUGCUCAGCUGCAGCGCGUGCAGCCGAGGGUCCAGCCUUCACUGGGGUCUGCAAGUGCUUUUCACGUUCCAAAGGACAUGGUUUCAUCACGCCAUCGGAUGGAGGCAAUGACAUUUUUGUGCACAUAUCUGACAUCGAGGGUGAAUAUGUGCCUAUGGAAGGAGAUGAAGUUAGCUACAAGAUAUGCUCUAUUCCACCCAAACAUGAGAAGAUCCAGGCCGUGGAGGUGACCAUCACUCAUUUAGCACCAGGCACGAAGCAUGAGACCUGGUCUGGAGCGGUGGUUGAAUCCUGAGAUCCUCUCUUAACUCUGAACUGUGUGAUAGUGAUGUUAAAAUGGGUUUCUGUCCCUUUUCUGGAGGUUUGGGGGGGAUGGGAACGGGGCUGAAUGAAUGAUUGAAUGCCUUUAAGUGCUGUGUAACAUGACGCCACAAUUCCAAGAAAAAUAUAUAAAUACUGCAUCUGUUUUUCCUCCUUUCUGUUUUUUUGGGCUCAGGAGGGGAGUUUGUUUAAAAUUCUAUUGUUGGGUUUGUGGUUAAUAAUGUGGACUGAACAGCAGUCAGUUAUACUUACACUAACCAUCUGUAAAUCGCUGAUUGAUUUGAAUACUUUUAAGAACUGACUGCACAAUCUUAACGCAUAUCUAAAUUGCUAAAAUAUGUAAAUUUGCUUCUUUUUUUUUUUUGAAAAAAAAAAGUUGUCUGUGUAUGUCUACAUUGUGAAAAUAUAUCAUUUUGAUCAUU